ACAACUGAAGAUUUUUACUGUGGUAUACAUCUUUGGACAAAGUCAACCUAUGGACAAUUCAUUUUUAUUUUUAAACAGUGAAUUUAUUGCAGAAGAUGGUAAUGAGAAGUUUUGGCAGUUCUUGGAAACUGUACGAGAACUAACAGUUUAUAAGCAAGGAGAUUCAGAGCAUUCCUAUUACAAUUUAAUCUUGAAGAAAGCAGGACAAUUUUUAUCCAAUUUGCAAAUCAAUCUAUUGAAGUUUGCACUUUCCAUACGGGCAUAUUCUCCAACUGUUCAGAUGUUUCAGCAGAUUGCAGCUGAUGAACCUCCACCAGAAGGCUGCAGUGCAUUUGUGGUUAUCCAUGAGAAGCACACCUGUAAGACUAAUGAAAUAAAAAAGCUGCUGAAGAAGGCUACUAAGAGACCCAGGCCAUAUCUUUUUAAGGGAGAUCAUAAAUUCCCAACUCUCAAGGAGGACGGCCCAGUGGUUGUUCUUUAUGCAGAAAUGGGUACAAAAGACUUUGUUAAAUUCCACAAGAUUUUAUCUGAGAAGGCACAAAAGGAGGAAAUUGUUUAUGUUCUCCGGCAUUAUGUUCAGAAACCAGGUUCCAGAAAAAUGUAUUUAUCUGGAUAUGGUGUAGAACUUGCAAUAAAGAGCACAGAAUAUAAAGCAGUAGAUGACACUCAGGUUAAAGGAGCAAAUGAUACAAAAGAAGAGGAAGAUGAUGAUGAUGAGGAGGAGGAAAGUGAUGUCCAAGGAUUUCUCUUUGGCAAAUUAAAACAGAUGCAUCCUGAUCUGAAAAAUAAUUUGAAAGAGUUUAGAAAACAUCUAAUUGAAACUACUAACAACAUGGAACCACUGAAAGUUUGGGAGCUACAGGAUCUUAGUUUUCAAGCAGCUGCUCAAAUUAUGUCUACCCCUGUUUAUGAUGCCUUAAAGGUAAUGAAAGACAUAGCUCAGAACUUCCCAAUAAGAGCCAGAUCACUGACCCGGGUGCCUGUGGACAAGAAAAUGCGAAAUGAAAUAGAAGAAAAUCAGAAGCAUUUUCAUGAAAUACUUGGAAUCCAACCUGGAGAAGCACGUUUAUUUCUAAAUGGCCUUCAGAUUGACCUGGAUUUUCAUGAUCCAUUUAGUAUCUUAGAGACUCUUAAACUGGAAGGAAAAGUCAUGCAUGGCCUUCAUGAACUUGGAAUCAAAGAGGAGAUCCUGAGCAAAUUUAUGAGGUUGCAUAUACAUCCUACAGAUGACAGUUAUGCACUAGAUAUUCGGCACUCUUCGAUAAUAUGGGUUAAUAAUAUAGAACAAGAUCACAGCUAUAGCACAUGGCCUGCAAGCUAUCAGGAACUGCUGAAGCCCACAUUUCCUGGAGUUAUACAACAGAUUAGACGCAAUCUAUAUAAUUUGGUACUUUUUGUUGAUCCUGUCCAAGAAGAUACAGGUGAUUAUAUGAAACUGGCAGAAUUAUUCUAUCAUCAUAAUGUACCACUUAGAAUUGGAUUUGUUUUCAUUUUAAGUACCAAAGAAGAAAUCGAUGGAAAUGAGGACGCAGGAAUAGCUCUUUGGAGAACUUUUAAUUACGUUGCUGAGGAAUCUGACACCUCUCAAGCCUUUACCUCGAUAAUGAAUAUGUACCAUGAAGUGAAAGAUGGAAAUGUUCUAACAGUAAAUCAUGUGAAAGAUGUUCUUAGGAGUGAAUACCCCCAUGCUGAUGUUCAGAGUAUACUAGGUGUUCAUUCUGAAUACGAUGAAGGGAGGAAGGCAGGAGCAACCUUUUAUAAAAAGACUGGCCUGGGUCCACUGCCUCAAGCUCUGUUUAAUGGCGUGCCCUUUAACAGAGAAGAGAUGGAUGCUGCAGAGUUAGAGACAGUUAUUCUUCAGAGGAUUAUUGAUGCCACCGGCUUCUUCCAGAGGGCAGUGUUCAUGGGUUUGUUAAAUGAUCAUAUAAAUGCAAUAGAUUUUCUUAUGGAUCAGCACAAUGUAGUUUCCCGUAUAAAUCCCACUAUUCUUGGAGCAGAAAGAAGAUACAUACAUUUCAGACCCACAUCUGUUCCAUUUGAUGUGGAAGACUUCUCUACUUUCUCAUUUUUGGACUCACAGGAUAAAAGUGCUGUAAUUUCAGACAACAUGAUGUAUUUAACAAGAAAGGAUGAAGAUGCAUUAUAUGCUGUUACUAUCUGGAUUAUUGCUGACUUUGAUAAACCAGCUGGGAGACGACUGCUUUCUAAUGCCUUGAAACACCUGAAAACAAGCAGUCAUACACGAGUUGGGAUUUUGAACAAUCCUUCAUCAAAAAUGAAGGAAGAUAACACAGCCAUUGCAAGAGGAAUUUUGACCGCUUUUCUAACUCAAAACAACAGCAGCUUAAAAAGUUUCCUAAGUAAACUCACUAAGGAAGAGACAGCAAAAUCCCUUGCUGCUGGAACUAAAAUUGCUAAAUUCCUCAUCCCAGGAAUGGAUGAUGAUGCUUUUGAGAAGAAAUACAACACGUUAGGACUGGAUAUAAUUAAAACCCACCAGAUGUUCUGCCAGGAGGUUCUUAAGCUGCUUCCUGGGCAAAUGGCAGUUAUGAGCAAUGGCAGGGUACUGGGUCCUUUAGAUGAAAAUGAAUUCUAUGCAGAAGACUUCAAUUUGUUGGAAAAAAUAACAUACAGUACCUCAGCAGAGAAGAUUAAAGCUAUUGUCAAAGAGAUGGGAAACAGUAGUAAAAGUGGCAGUGAUUUGAUUAUGAAAAUAGAUGCCCUACUGUCAUCUUUGCCUAAAACAGAGAUGAGACAAGAUGCUCAAUUACUCAAAGAACAGCACAGUGUAGUAAAAGUAGAUCCUCAACAGAAUGAACCAUUCUAUGAUGUUGUUGCUAUUGUGGAUCCAUUGACAAGAGAAGCACAGAAGAUGGCUCACUUAUUGAUUGUACUCAAAGAGAUUAUCAAUGUGAAACUCAGGUUGUUUUUGAACUGCAGAUCUAAGCUAUCAGAAGCACCACUGAAGAGCUUCUAUCGUUUUGUUCUGGAGCCAGAAAUAACUUACGGGAUCAACAAGCACCUUCCUUCUGAACCUGUGGCAAAAUUCCUACAACUGCCAGAAUCAGCCCUUUUGACUCUAAACAUGAUCACUCCUGAAAGCUGGUUGGUUGAAGCAGUAAACAGUUCCUGUGAUCUUGAUAACAUUUAUUUACAGGAUAUAAAAGGGACAGUUGUAGCAGAAUAUGAACUAGAAUAUAUAUUGCUUGAAGGACAUUGCUUUGAUGUGAUGACUGGACAACCUCCUCGAGGGCUACAGUUCACUCUGGGCACAAAGAAUAAUCCUGUCAUGGUUGAUACUAUUGUCAUGGCCAACCUGGGGUAUUUUCAGCUGAAAGCAAAUCCAGGUGCUUGGACACUGCGAUUGCGUGAAGGAAGAUCCAAAGAGAUUUAUCAGGUUUUUUC